AUGCAGUGCUCGACCUACUGGAACAAGGAGGACGGUUCCUACACAUUCUGGACCCAGGAUGAGCAGGACGGCAAGUACUACUACCAGGCCUACGCAGCCCUGGACCACAAGAUUCGCACCUUCCAGGAGUCUCGGCAACUGAUGUCAGAGAAAGGGCAAGAGCCCAAGCUGAAGCAGAGGACGAGCUACACGUUGGACGACGGCGGCCCCGCCUACUUGAUGAACGGUUCAGACCAUCAGGCCAAGGAGUUCCGCUUCGGCAACGGCCUGACGCAGGUCAGUGAGAGCUACGUGCUCAUCCCCAGACACCUGCUCCUGGACCUGCGGGAUGACUGGAUGAAGUACUGCUACCUUCUGCUCUUCUUGGAGCAGUUCAAUGGCGAGCUCAACAGUCUCAUCACAGUGCCAAAUUGUCAUGGCUCCAGAGUGCUGGGAAGCACGUGCUGGGAGGAUGAGAUGCAGCAGUUGCUGGAGAAGGGCCAGAUCUGGAACGUCCGCUACGAUCCGCAGUUCCUGGCGGCGAAGAAGAAGAAGGUGCAGCCGGGCAUGUUCGACGAAGACUUCGUGCCCGAGGAGGACGCCAGCUGGCGAACCGCAACAUCGCGGUUCACCCUGGAGACGCUCAGACAACUGAGCGGAGAAUCGGAGGCAGAAACGCGCUACUAUGCAGCGCAGCUGAUGGAGGGUCUUCAGGUUUUGCUGGAUGCCAGGCUGGUGCAGCGAUCUUUCGGAGAGUCCAAGAUCUUUGGCAGGUCUGCAGCCGUGGACUUGUGGAGCGUGACGGCCCUAGCAGGGGAAUGCCGCGAGUAUGACACCGGCGCUUACCCCGUCUCUGGUGUCAGCCACGUGGAUCCCGCGCGGUCGACGACCAUCAAGGUGGGCGAGAGUGGCUCUCGCUUCGACGAUGGCAAGGGCUUUCGAGAUUCCUGGCCUGAGAGGCCAAAGGGCAAAGGCAAAGGCGACAAGAACAAAGGCGGCAAAGGAGCUCCGCAGCCGCUGUCCGUCUUCCGCGGCCCGGCGCCGCCGGACCGGCGGGAGCCGGACCGGCGGGAGCCCCGUCGCGAGCCCCGUCGCGAGCCCCGUCGGGAGCCCCGUCGGGAGCCCCGCCGGGCUGUGCCUCGCGGCCGGCGGGAGGUUCCCGAGACGUGCAAGUUUUGGGAGAAGGGCAACUGCAAGAACGGCGAGAGCUGCCGGUUCCUGCAUGCCUACGGGGAGAACUUGGAUUCCCAGCUGCAAGAAGGGCUGCUCCAGCAGAUCAUGAACUUUGUAGAGGACUCUGGUGGGCAGGUGGAUGCAGGGCAGAUCACAUCUCGCUUUGGUCCCGUGAAGAAAGCUCAACUGGGUGAGCACUUUGAUUUGAUAGAUGCCAGUGGUGGCAAGUAUUUCGUGCGGCAGAUGGGCCAUGAUGGGCCAUUGCCUGAGGAUGAUCCUGCUGAGAGCCAACAUGAGGAUCCCGAGGCAGAAGUUCUGGAAGACGCUCCCCAGGUCGAGGAGGAGACUUGGGAGGAGAGCCUCCAGGAAGGUGCCUCUUUGGAGGACGAUGAGUAUACGCAAUCCUUGCAAAGAAGAGUCGAGGAGCUUCGAGAGGAGUUAGCACAAGUCUGUGCGGAGAAGGGCUUGCGGGAGGAGGACUUGCUGCGGCACAAGAAGGCCUGCACCUUCUGGCGGAAAGGCAACUGUCGCAAUGGCGAGAGCUGCCCCUACUACCACGAGCCGCUUCGGAACUGA